AUGCCGUCAACAACGCGCGUUCGCUUUUUCAUGAUGCCAGUGCAUGGAGUGAUGAAUGUGUCAUGCUUGUGUGUCGCCCAGUCGUUACAACAGGAGCUGGCAAAUGCGCAAAAGAAUGCGAGAACUCAGAAGCAGAUUGUAGCAGUGAAGAACCUGAUGGUAAGCCUCCGUCUCAGAUCCUUUGCGAUCCGACGAGGAGACGACAUGAUCAGCUCCGAGAAUAUGAAGGCCCUCAAGCCAGUGUUUGAGAACCUCUUCAUCAAGGACAAGAAGUUCCCUCUCGACCUGAGCGAGGUCGACGAGGCCGAGCUCAAACGAGCGCUAGGUAUGGAGCUCGAGGACGAUGAGAAUGAGGCCGAGCUGUUAGAUUCUGUUCCCGUCGCUGCUCCUGCGAUCAGCAUACCGAAAGCACGCGGCGCCGCAACAAGGGAGGUAGAGGGGGACAACGACUCUGAUGAGCACAACGUGGCCGGGCAGGCAUCGAAGACGAAUGGAUCGACGAGCAAGAAGACAAGGACAGUGAAGAUCACCAUUGUGAAGAUAGGGUUAAAGGACUUCGAGAAGUACCAAGAUCCUUACAUCACCUGCUUCGUCGCAUCGGGUGGCCGUGUGCUUGAACCGAAGCAAGACACUCCGAACUCGACGUCGCGCUUUGACAAGCACAUCAACUUCGGGCAUACGAUCACCCUGAAACAAGGGUAUGAGACGAUUCUGCCAGGUGCCGCCAUUGUGUUUGAGUUCAAGCACUUCAAGCCCAAGAAGGACAAGAUCAGCACCAAGUGCUGGGCGUUCUUGGAGAGAGAAGACGUCAAGGAGGGUGUGCACAACCUCGAGCUGUACAAGAAGCCCACCGACGUCAAGUGCAAGAAGUUGAGCCUUCUUACCGUCAAACCUCUUUACCUCCAGAUCCAGAUCGAGAUCGGCGAGCCCAAGUAG